ACCAAAUAUAAUUUAAAAAUGGGACAUCGGCUCUCUAUUGAUAAGUACACAACAGACUUGGUUGAUCUGCUUGCUAUCUCACCUUAUUACUAUAAAAAGGUUAAACUCGAUAAAAUUGUGUCGAAAAGUAUCACCCAGCACUUAAAAAUAUGGAGAUUUAAGGCCAAUGAAUUCAAUGGAAUUGACAUUGAAGCAGUGCCUCUUUCCAACCUUCAGCAAGACGGCUUCAUAUUUUCAUCAAAAGAGGCAUACCUUGUCCUACUAGUGUACAGGGCAAAUACUUCUGAGAAGAUGGAUGUGGUGUCCUUCCCCCAUUCCUUGUGGGGAUUAGUCCAGAGUGCAGACAAUUUAACCCCUCGUGGCCUCUCCAACUCAUUCUCUUCAGAUGAUGAUGGGUCAAUUACCCAUACACUUGAUAGUUUUCUUCUUUCAAAGAGGGAAGGUAAGGAAUAUUAUAAAAACAGAGAGUACAAAUACAUGCUCUUUGUUUGGAAUGGAAAGCAAGCAGGAUCUCUUCUUAAAGCAAAAGCACUCUCAAGAGGAUUCGAACUUGACACAUUACUGAACAAAUCAGAAGAUUCCCUUCUUUCUUUUAUCUUCAAUGGGGGUGUUGUCAGAGGUAUCCGUCUCCAGAGAGGUAAAGUUCUUCUUUUUGAUCAAGCGAGUUCAGACCAAGAAGAUGCGAAGCAAGAGGAAAAUCCUAAUACGCCUGAUACUGAGCGAAUGAUAAAAACUUAUGAGACUAUAUACCUAUUUAGAUUCCUAGUACCUGAGAGCUACGUUCAAGGAUUACAAUCUAACUCAAAUGAGAACUCAAAAUCUGUAAUUGAGCAAACAAUGUACCCAAAAUUUAGGAAGUACUUCUUCCCUGACUCUCAAGGAGAGCCUAAGAAAGAGGACUUGCCUGACACAAAUGAAUACCAAAGGAGAUUUAAAUUCAUCAAUGAUAAUAUUUCUGAUCUUGAAGAUGAUCAUGAAGUUUCUGAUGAAAGUAGGAAUGGAGAGCGUCCCCCACCUCAGUCUAAUCCAGUACCUAAGCUAUCACUUGGGCAGGAUUUAGUAAAGCCACAGCCAGCUGCUCAAAAACCAGCCAUCCCGCUUCUAAACAUACCUCCUAAGGGAGAAAAUGUGAACGAGGGAGAUGAAGAAAGAGAAAAUAUGGAGCUCAAUAAGCCUAAAGUGCCUGGAAUUCAAGGUAUAGCACUUGACAUUUCUCAAGCACAAAGAAAGCCGAUCUUGAAUGAAUACGAUACAUCAUCAGAUAGAAUUUACGAAGAUUCCGGGGAAUAUUCUAGCUCAAGAGCAUCAUACAAUCCUGGCAAAGGUAUUAGCCUCGAUUUGACCAAAGCGAAGCAAAUUCAAAAUGAAAUUUUGAACCAAAAUGAGCAAAAGCUUCCGCAGAUGCCAGCCCUAGGCUUGCCUGAAGGCAACCCUUCUGGUAGAAAAGUUCCCUCUUUAGGGAUUCCUGUGAGUUCAGGGUCAAGAAGUGGAGAGGGUGAUUCUAGCAACAGAAUGGAAUUUGAAGAAGUUUCUGGACCCCAGCUCACAAUCAAUAUCAAAAAUGUCACCAAAUUAUCAGAUGAUACUGAAAUGAAGGAGGAAGAAGAUCCUUAUGAACCCCCUCAGUUUAGAAGGGGAUGUUGUGAACCUGACCCUCCCAGCUCUCAUCAUAGUCAAGAAGACACUGAUUUCUUCAUGGCUAAAAAUACAAGUAUUGCAGAAGAGCGAAACAACAAAUUUAAGCAAAUUUGUUCUGAGAUUAUUGACAAUUUUCUAUAUCUUGGGUCUGACUACCUUGCUAAGAACAAGGAAGUUCUAAAACAGAAUAAAAUUACCCACAUAAUAAAUGCAGUGGGAGAUUACAGCCCGAACUAUCAUGAUGGGGAGUUUAAAUAUAUAUCAUUCCACCUGAAAGAUCACCCAAGAGAGAACAUAGAGUGAAUAUUCUACAAAGCAAUUCGAUUUAUGGAGGAAGCCAAGAAAAAUGAUGGAAGGGUGUACGUCCACUGCGUCCAAGGUAUUUCCCGGUCAGCUACUCUUUGUCUUGCAUAUGUUAUUCAUAGCCUCGGGCUUAACUACAAUGAAGCUUUUGAGUAUAUACAGAAGAGAAGGAGUGUAAUUAACCCGAAUCUUGGCUUCAUAGUCCAAUUGAUGUGGUUUCAUAAAAGAAUCUAUAGCAGCUUUGAUUCGAUCCCAGUUAACCCAAGAGUAUUCACAGUUUGCUCCCAUGAGAAGGAAGCUCCAAUGGAAAUAGUAGCCAAGCUUAACAUGGAGCAGUUCUUUGUUGAUAAGCAGUUAAAACCAAUGGAUCCUAGAGGAGUCUACAUUAUUCAGACUAAGGAGGAGUUCAUAGUCCUUCUUUGAUCUGAAUGUAAGGGCAAGAACAGAGAAAAAUAUCAAGAAUAUGCUUACCAAUACAUUGAAGAACUCCAGAAUCGUGAAAAAGCUGCGACUAAAGUCACAGAAUAUGAGCAAAGUAAACUCGAUCCCUAUUUCUGGUCAAUAUGGGGGCUUGAGGAAGCUCCAGCUACUCCAUUUAUGCAAUCAAGAGCUUGGGAUUAUUGGUUCCCUAGCCUUGAAGAUGCUGAGAACAUCUCUAGCAUUCCCAUGGUUCAUCAAAUAGAUUCUUAUAACGAAGAAGUGAAAGCUGAAAAGAAGCUCAAGCCUAGGCUAUUCACAUACCCAGAUACAGACAUUUCAAGUGCAGUCUUUGAUGAAGAAGAUCUCGACUUCGAUGAACUAAAUAUUAUUUGAGAAAAGGCAAAAGAUGAAACAGAAGAAAAUAGAAUUUAUAUCUACGAAGGAGAUAGCUUCGAAGAAAGAGCAGGUCUCAGUAAGAAAGACUACAUCGAAAAGGUUAUCCAAAAGUUCUUCGAGAACAUUCCUCGUGAGAAGAUCACUAUUAAAAACUGUCUCCUUGGUGAAGAAACAGAGGAUGAUUUUUUUGAGUAAAAUAAUGAUCUAAAGCACUUUUCUCCAUAUUCUAAAUACAACUCUAAUAGUAUCUCUAAAAUUU